AGUGCACAGUACCACCACGGCACUCACCGUCAUAAACACCCAGGUAAACCGCGGCCUAAACCAAAACCGCCCCUGCGAGAGGACUGUCCUAGUAGCGUUGGACCUACAAAAGGCUUUCGACACAGUCAGCCACGCCACGCUACUAGAUGACAUUUUACAGUCGACACUCCCGCCAGGGCUGAAGAGGUGGACCGCGAACUACCUGAGUGGUCGUCACUCGUCGGUAGUAUUUCGAGACCAAACCUCCAAACAGAGAAAAAUAAAGCAAGGAGUACCGCAGGGUGGUGUCCUUUCACCCUUGCUUUUUAAUUUCUAUAUUUCGAAACUCCCCCAGCCACCAGAGGGAGUCUCACUGGUCUCAUAUGCCGACGACUGCACGAUAAUGGCGUCGGGCAAUGACAUUGAUGGCCUAUGCUCAAAAGUAAACGACUACCUCGCCCGCCUUUCUCGCUUCUUCACUGCGAGAAACUUAAAACUUUCUCCCACUAAAUCCACGGCGACCCUUUUUACCACCUGGACAAAGGAGGUCAAGCUGCCACUUCAAGUACACGUCGACGACGCCCCAAUACCGACGAUAAGCAACCCCAGAAUUUUGGGAGUCACCUUCGACAGCUUGCUCUCCUUCUCGGCGCACACAACCGCUAUUGCAACGAGAGUACAGAAUCGCAACAAGGUUCUCAAGUCGCUUGCCGGCAGCACUUGGGGCAAAGACAAAGAAAUGUUGCUGUCGACUUUCAAAGCAAUAGGCCGACCGGUUCUGAACUAUGCCGCGCCUGUCUGGUCGCCUGGAACCAGUGAUACGCAGUGGACGAAGCUUCAGACCUGCCAGAAUACUGCCAUCAGGACCGCGACAGGAUGUCUCCUGAUGUCCCCUAUCCAACACCUGCACGACGAGGCGCACAUGCUCCCGGUUAAGGAGCAUAACAAAAUGCUCGGCAAGCAGUUUCUGCUAGGGUGUCAC